AUGGGUGUGCUUUCACCAGAUGUUGCGCCUUUAAGCGCGACGGUCUACCAAUCUGUGCAAUGGACGGCUGCUGGAUCGUUUGCUGCUGUCAUUUUCUACACAAUUUGGAGGUGUAUCUACAAUGUGUAUUUUCACCCUCUCGCCCGUUUCCCCGGCCCUCUCAUUUGCAAGAUCUCCCCUAUCUAUCCCAUUCUUGGCCUCCACAAGGGACGAUGGCCGUUCAUUGUCAAGAAGCUUCAUGAUAAAUAUGGCCCUAUCGUUCGGUUGAUGCCGAGCGAGCUCGUGUUCACUGAUCCCCAAGCAUGGAAAGACAUCUACGGCCACCGACAAGGCCACCCUCAAUUCCAUAAGGAUCCCAUCCAUGUCGGUUCCGUUCAAGAAAUCAAAGGCGCCUCCACUUUGACCAUGGCCGGAGACGACGAGCACGCCCGCCAACGCCGCUCUCUCUCUCAUGCCUUCUCUCAGAAAGCCCUCCUCGAACAAGAGUCCAUAAUCCGCGGCUAUGUCGACCUUUUCAUCGAGCGCCUCACGCCUUAUGCCGCUUCAGGCAAAAAACUAGACAUGUGCAACUGGUAUAACUGGACCACCUUUGACAUCAUCGGCGACAUGGCAUUCGGCGAGCCUUUCGGGUGUCUGCGUGACGGAAAAGAGCAUGCAUGGGUCGGACUAAUCACCGAGACCAUCAAGGCUGGCGCUUUCGAGCAGAGCACACGGAGAAUGUUCGCGACGGGAAGCAUUUGGCAGAAGGCGUGCAAGAUAUUCAUCCCGAAACAUUUAAAGGAGAAACGGUUCCUCCAUCUCAAACUCAGCAUGGAAAAGGUCCAAAAACGCCUCGACCAAGGCCUACGCCGCGAGCACCGUGACUUCCUAUACUACAUCCUGCGGCAGAACGAAAAAGGCUCUGUCAGCGAAGCUGAGAUCAUGCUCAACAGCGCCCUCUUCAUCGUUGCCGGCUCCGAAACUACCGCUUCCUUCCUCGCCGGCAUGACUAUGUGGCUUAUGCGCACUCCCCACACUUACAAGCGUCUUACAGAGGAGAUCCGUACCACCUUCCCUAAAGUCACGGACAUCAACUUCCUGGAUCUCCAGGCGAUGCCGUACAUGCAGGCUUGUAUCGAAGAGGGCCUCCGCAUCUUCCCCUCCAUCCCCACUGGCCUCACGCGUACGGUACCGAAGAGCGGUGACACCAUUGCGGGAGAGUGGAUUGCGGGCGGGACGACAGUUUCUGUGCACUCCUGGGCGGCGACACACUCGGAGCGCAAUUGGGUGCGGCCGGAGGAGUAUAUACCGGAGAGAUGGUUGAGUGGGGAGAACGAAGCUUUCGACAAGGACCUGAAGGAGGCUAGUCAACCUUUCUCGCUGGGGCCGAGGGGGUGCAUCGGACGGCAUCUAAGCUAUAUGGAACUGAGGUUGAUAUUGGCGAGCUUGUUGUGGCAUUUCGACAUCGAAAGGGCGGAUAUUGGAACGCCAGGUGCGUUUGAUCUCUGGGAUCCGACGGAUAACUUGCAGCAUGUGAAGGCCUUUAACACGUGGGACAAGCCGCCUCUUUGGUGUAAGUUGACGCCGGUGAAGAGGUAGGGAGCUGAUGGAAGGGGCGGGGAGGGGGCGGUUUUAAACUUGACUUCACAGCUUGACCAGGGGCACUUGACCACAG